CCUAAAUUUCUCUCAAUCCUGAAUCAGUCUGUCUCUGGUUGUCGAGCUAAUCAUUAGAACUACACAAUACAAUAUGACAAUGCUGGGGUUUGUGAUGCUAUUAUGCAUCCUGGGAGCCACCGUGGAUCUGAGAACUGCUGUCCUAGCUGCAGACGUUUGCAACAAGCCCACAGAUGUGGUGUUCAUCAUCGACAGUUCUCGAAGUGUCCAGCCCGCUGAGUUUGAGCAGGUCAAAGACUUCAUGACCAAAGUCAUUAAUGGUUUGGACAUUGGGCCUGAUUCUACUCGUGUGGGUGUUGUGAAUUAUGCCAGUAAGGUGAAGAACGAAGUCUCUCUGAAGUCUCACAAAACCAAGGCUGGAUUGGUCAAGGCUAUAUCCAAGAUUAAACCAUUGUCCACUGGUACCAUGACAGGCCUUGCCAUUCAGUUCGCAAUGAAUGUGGCCUUUAGUGAAGCAGAAGGUGCACGCAAAUCGCCUGACAUCAACAAGGCGGCCAUCAUUGUGACCGACGCCCGUCCACAGGACAAUGUACGCGAUAUCGCAGCUAAGGCACAGGAGGCUGGCAUCGAGAUUUUUGCCAUUGGGGUGGGCCGUGUGGACAUGGAGCCUCUCAGAGAGAUGGCCAGCAAACCUCUUGAUGAUCACGUAGAUUACGUGAAGAAUUACAGCCUCAUAGAGAAGCUCACCAAGAAGUUCCAAGUAGCCAUCUGUACGGACCUAUGCGCGUCACGCGAUCAUGACUGUGAGCAAAUUUGCAUCAGCACACCUGGAUCUUUCAAGUGCGCAUGCAGAGAGGGCCACACGCUAAUGAACGACGGCAAAUCAUGCAGUGCUUGCAGUAAUGCAGCCUUAGAUGUGGUCUUCUUGAUCGAUAGCUCUAAAAGUAUAAGUCCAGAAAACUUUGAGCUGGUGAAGAAAUGGAUCAACCAGAUUGUAGACAAGCUGGAUGUGUCGGAGAACAAUGCUCAUGUCGGAUUGGUGCAGUAUUCCAGCUCUGUGAAGCAGGAAUUCCCUCUGGGACGCUACAAUAACAAAAAGCACCUAAAAGAUGCUGUGAAAAAAAUUGACCAGAUGGAAAGAGGAACCAUGACUGGCCUAGCCCUAAAUUAUCUGGUUAACAGUAGCUUCACUCCUAGCCAGGGUGCCAGACCUGGAGUGACAAAGGUUGGUAUAGUCUUCACAGAUGGAAGGUCACAAGACGACAUUAAAGACGCAGCCAGGAAAGCCAAGGAGAACGGCAUUAUGUAUGCUGUUGGUGUUGGUGACGCUGUUGAAGGCGAGCUGAGGGAGAUUGCCUCUGAACCUGUUGCUGAACAUUACUUCUACACUGCUGACUUCAAAACCAUGAACCAAAUCGCCAAGAAGCUACAAAUCAAUGUUUGUGAUCCCUGUGCUUGUGACUCCAUUGUCAAAUUCCAGAAAAGGAUGGAGGAGGCACUACAGGUGUUAACAAAGAAAUUCAGUCUGUCUCUGGUUGUCGGGCUGAUCAUUAGAACUACACAAUACAAUAUGACAAUGCUGGGGUUUGUGAUGUUAUUAUGCAUCCUGGGAGCCACCGUGGAUCUGAGAACUGCUGCCAUAGUUAGAUGCUCCUGCAACACUGAGCCAAGAGAUGUGGUGUUCAUCAUUGACAGUUCUCGAAAUGUCCAGCCCGCUAAGUUUGAACAGGUCAAGGUCUUCAUGACCAAAGUAAUUGAUGUUUUAAACUACGGGCCUGAUGCUACUCGUGUGGGCGUUGUAAAUUAUGCAAGUCAGUUGAAGAACGAAGUUUCUCUGAAGUCCUACAAAACCAAGGCUGGGUUGGUCGAGGCCAUAUCAAAGAUUGAACCACUGUCCACUGGUACCAUGACAGGCCUUGCCAUUCAGUUUGCCAUGAAUGUGGCCUUUAGUGAAGCAGAAGGCGCACGCAAAUCCCCUCGAGUCAGAAAGGUGGCCAUCAUUGUGACCAGCACCCGUUCAGAGGACAAUGUACGUGACAUCGCAGCGAAGGCACGGGAGUCUGGCAUUGAGAUCUUUGCCAUCAGGGUGGGUCGUGGGAACAUGAACACUCUCAGGCAGAUGGCCAGCGAACCUCUUAAUGAUCAUGUAGAUCAUGUAAAGAGUUACAGUCUUAUAGAGAAGCUCAAAAAGAAGUUCCAAAGAAUUUUGUGUGUCAUGGCAAGGGACCUGUGUGAGAUGGGCAAGCAUGACUGUGAGCACAUUUGCAUCAGCACACCUGGAUCCUACAACUGCGCCUGCAAAGAGGGCCACAGGCUAAUGGACGAUGGCAAAUCAUGCACUGCUUGCAGUAAUGCAGCCUUAGAUGUGGUCUUCUUGAUCGAUAGCUCUAAAAGUGUGAGACCAGAAAACUUUGAGCUGGUGAAAAAAUGGAUCAACCAGAUUGUAGACAAGCUGGAUGUGUCGGAGAACAAUGCUCAUGUCGGACUGGUGCAGUAUUCCAGAUCUGUGAAGCAGGAAUUCCCUCUGGGACGCUUCAACAACAAAAUGGACCUAAAAGAUGCUGUGAAAAAAAUGGACUACAUGCAUAGAGGAACCAUGACUGGCCUAGCCCUAAAUUAUCUGGUGAACAGUAGCUUCACUCCUAGCCACGGUGCCAGACCUGGAGUGAUAAAGGUUGGUAUUGUCUUCACGUUUGGAAGGUCACAAGACUACAUUGGAGACGCAGCCAGGAAAUCCAAGGAAAAUGGCAUUAAUAUGUAUGCUGUUGGUGUUGGUAACGCUGUUGAGGACGAGCUGAGGGAGAUUGCUUCUGACCCUGACCAUUACUUCUACACGGCUGACUUCAAAACCAUGAACCAAAUCGCCAAGAUGAUGCAAAUCAAUUCCGACCCCGUUUACAAGAUGACUUCCGCCGUGUCUGAGCCUGUGCACAAGUCACUAGGUUAUCCAGUUCAUCCUGUAAGAACCCGGGUCGGCCGCUUGGUUUCCAGUGUGAUGUAUUACCCGCUGAUCACUGUCCGAGCGACCAGAAUCUUGCAGAGUGAGCCCUCUGUGCCCUCUGAGGCGAGUGAGCCCUCUGUGCCCUCUGAGGCGAGUGAGCCCUCUGUGCCCUCUGAGGCGAGUGAGCCCUCUGAGGCGAGUGAGCCCUCUGUGCCCUCUGAGGCGAGUGAGCCCUCUGUGCCCUCUGAGCCGAGUGAGCCCUCUGUGCCCUCUGAGGCAAGUGAGCCCUCUGUGCCCUCUGAGGCGAGUGAGCCCUCUGAGGCGAGUGAGCCCUCUGAGGCGAGUGAGCCCUCUGUGGCCUCUGAGGCGAGUGAGCCCUCUGUGGCCUCUGAGGCGAGUGAGCCCUCUGUGGCCUCUGAGGCGAGUGAGCCCUCUGUGCCCUCUGAGGCGAGUGAGCCCUCUGUGCCCUCUGAGGCGAGUGAGCCCUCUGUGCCCUCUGAGGCGAGUGAGCCCUCUGUGCCCUCUGAGGCGAGUGAGCCCUCUGUGCCCUCUGAGGCGAGUGAGCCCUCUGUGCCCUCUGAGGCGAGUGAGCCCUCUGUGCCCUCUGAGGCGAGUGAGCCCUCUGUGCCCUCUGAGGCGAGUGAGCCCUCUGUGCCCUCUGAGGCGAGUGAGCCCUCUGUGCCCUCUGAGGCGAGUGAGCCCUCUGUGCCCUCUGAGGCGAGUGAGCCCUCUGUGCCCUCUGAGGCGAGUGAGCCCUCUGUGCCCUCUGAGGCGAGUGAGCCCUCUGUGCCCUCUGAGGCGAGUGAGCCCUCUGUGCCCUCUGAGGCGAGUGAGCCCUCUGUGCCCUCUGAGGCGAGUGAGCCCUCUGUGCCCUCUGAGGCGAGUGAGCCCUCUGUGCCCUCUGAGGCGAGUGAGCCCUCUGUGCCCUCUGAGGCGUGUGAGCCCUCUGAGCCGUGUGAGUCGUGUGAGCCCUCUGAGCCGUGUGAGUCGUGUGAGCCCUCUGAGCCGUGUGAGUCGUGUGAGCCCUCUGAGCCGUGUGAGUCGUGUGAGCCCUCUGAGCCGUGUGAGUCAUCUGAGCUGUGUGAUAUGGCCUUGGCCCACCAUCCCUCCCCCAGGUCCCUGGCCCCACUGGAGAGGAAAGCGUGGGCGAGUUGCGGGUUGACCGGAAGCACGGACGAAGCACUUGGUAGGAAGCACCGUUCACCAGUAAAACAGUGGCCCUGUGGGAAAAAGGAAGCGCAGGUGAGCCAGGGGAGUGAUAACCAACACGCCGGGCCUGUGAAUAACACACAUCUCACUCUCAUGUGCGGUCCAGUUAUCGCCCAACCAUCCCCUCGAGGUCGUCGUAGCCAGCGUUCAAACUGCCUAGCCUCCGACGAGUCACGAGACGACGACAUCCGUUGUGGCCUGGGUCCUAAGGAGAGCGAGAAAAUUGAGCCCUGUGCCCGGGGUGUGUCAACGAGAGCUUCGUUUGUCCAUAGAGCAGACAGUGGUGAAACCCAUUUAUUUGAGUUUAAGGUGUUUUUGUCUUUCCUUUCCUAUGCCAAACUCUGGCCUCAAAAAGCUUCCUGGAAGAGAUGGAUUGAGGGCGGCGUCUCUAAACUUAAAAAGUUUUAUCUGCGAGUGUGUGUUAAUAACCUUUAUAGUUUCUCUCACAGUAAAUCAGUUUGUCUCUGGUUGUCGAGCUGAUCAUUAGAACUCACUAUGACAAUGCUGGGGUUUGUGAUGCUAUUAUGCAUCCUGGAAGCCACCGUGGAUCUGAGAACUGCUGCCCUAUUUAGAUGCUCCUGCAACACUGAGCCCAGAGAUGUGGUGUUCAUCAUCGACAGUUCUCGAAAUGUCCAGCCCACUAAGUUUGAACAGGUCAAGGUCUUCAUGACCAAAGUCAUUGAUGUUUUAAACUACGGGCCUGAUGCUACUCGUGUGGGCGUUGUGAAUUAUGCAAGUCAGGUGAAGAACGAAAUUUCUCUGAAGUCCUACAAAACCAAGGCUGGGUUGGUCAAUGCCAUAUCCAAGAUUAAACCACUGUCCACUGGUACCAUGACAGGCCUUGCCAUUCAGUUUGCCAUGAACGUGGCCUUUAGUGAAGCAGAAGGCGCACGCAAAUCCCGUCGCAUCAGAAAGGUGGCCAUCAUUGUGACCAACACCCAUUCAGAGGACAAUGUACGUGACAUCGCAGCGAAGGCACGGGAGUCUGGCAUUGAGAUCUUUGCCAUCAGGGUGGGUCGUGGGAACAUGACAACUCUCAGGCAGAUGGCCAGCGAACCUCUUGGUGAUCAUGUAGAUCACAUAAAGAGUACCAGCCUCAUAGAGAAGCUCAAAAAGAAGUUCCAAAGAAUCUUGUGUGUCAUGGCAAUGGACCUGUGUGAGAUAGGCAAGCAUGACUGUGAGCACAUUUGCAUCAGCACUCAUGGAUCUUACAACUGCGCCUGCAAAGAGGGCCACAGGCUAAUGGAUGACGGCAAAUCAUGCAGUGCUUGCAGUAAUGCAGCCUUAGAUGUGGUCUUCUUGAUCGAUAGCUCUAAAAGUGUGAGACCAGAAAACUUUGAGCUGGUGAAGAAAUGGAUCAACCAGAUUGUAGACAAGCUGGAUGUGUCGGAGAACAAUGCUCAUGUCGGACUGGUGCAGUAUUCCAGAUCUGUGAAGCAGGAAUUCCCUUUGGGACGCUUCAACAACAAAAAGGACCUAAAAGAUGCCGUGAAAAAAAUGGACUACAUGCAAAGAGGAACCAUGACUGGCCAAGCCCUAAAUUAUCUGGUGAACAGUAGCUUCACUCCUAGCCAGGGUGCCAGACCUGAAGUGACAAAGGUUGGUAUAGUCUUCACGUUUGGAAAGUCACAAGACGACAUUGGAGUAGCAGCCAGGAAAGCCAAGGAGAAUGGAAUUAUUAUGUAUGCUGUUGGAGUUGGUAAUGUUGUUGAGGACGAGCUGAAGGAGAUUGCCUCUGACCUGGAUCAUUACUUCUACACGGCUGACUUCAAAACCAUGAACCAAAUCGCAUUGAUGCAAAUCAAUGUGUACAUUCUCCAAGUGUCAAUAAGGUGUUUCUAUGCCCUGAAGGCAGAAAGAGCUUCAGGCAUCCAUGUUGACACUGGAAAUACUGUGACAAGUUUCUCUCACUGUGAAUCAGUCUGUCUCUGGUUGUCGAGUUGGCCAUUAGGACUCACGCUACAUUACAGUAUGACAUUGCUGGGGUUUGUGAUGCUAUUAUGCAUCCUUGGAGCUCAAGCCACAGUGGAUCUGAGAACUGCUGCCGCUAUGGCUGCAGGCUUGUGUAACACUAAGCCCACAGAUGUGGUGUUCAUCAUUGACAGUUCUCGAAGCGUCCGGCCCUCGGAGUUUGAGCAGGUCAAGGUCUUCCUGGCCAAAGUCAUUGAUGGUUUGGACGUCGGCCAUGAUGCUACACGUGUGGGCGUCGUGAAUUAUGCCAGUCGGGUAAAGAACGAAGUCUCUCUGAAGUCCCACAAAACCAAGGCUGGAUUGGUCAAGGCCGUAUCCAAGAUUGAACCACUGUCCACUGGUACCAUGACAGGCCUUGCCAUUCAGUUCGCAAUAAAUGUGGCCUUUAGUGAAGCAGAAGGUGCACGCAAAGCCCCUGGCAUCAGCAAGGUGGCCAUCAUUGUGACCGACGGCCGUCCACAGGACAAUGUACGUGAUAUCGCAGCGAGGGCACGGGAGGCUGGCAUUGAGACCUUUGCCAUUGGGGUGGGCCGUGUGGACAUGAACACUCUCAGGCAGAUGGCCAGCGAACCUCUUGAUGAUCACGUAGAUUACGUGGAGAGUUACAGCCUCAUAGAGAAGCUCACCAAAAAGUUCCAAGAGGCCUUCUGUGACCCGAGUCCGACAGUCUCAGACCUAUGCGUGACAGGCGAUCAUGACUGUGAGCAAAUUUGCGUCAGCACACCUGGAUCUUUCAAGUGCGCAUGCAGAGAGGGCCACACGCUAAUGAACGACGGCAAAUCAUGCAGUGCUUGCAGUAAUGCAGUAGAUGUGGUCUUCUUGAUCGAUGGCUCUAAAAGUGUGAGACCAGAAAACUUUGAGCUGGUGAAGAAAUGGAUCAACCUGAUUGUAGACAAGCUGGAUGUGUCGGAGAACAAUGCUCAUGUCGGACUGGUGCAGUAUUCCAGCUCUGUGAGGCAGGAAUUCCCUCUGGGACGCUACAACAACAAAAAGGACCUAAAAGAUGCUGUGAAAAAAAUGGCCUACAUGGAAAGAGGAACCAUGACUGGCCUAGCCCUAAAUUUUCUGUCGGAGAAUAGCUUCACUCCAGGCCAGGGCGCCAGACCUGGAGUGACAAAGGUUGGUAUAGUCUUCACGGAUGGAAGGUCACAAGACUACAUUGGAGAUGCAGCCAAGAAAGCCAAGGAGAACGGCUUUAAGAUGUAUGCUGUUGGUGUUGGUAACGCUGUUGAGGACGAGCUGAAGCAGAUUGCCUCUGAACCUGUUGCUGAACAUUACUUCUACACUGCUGACUUCAAAACCAUGAACCAAAUCGCCAAGAAGCUGCAAAUCAAUGUUUGUGUAGAGAAAGAUCCCUGUGAAUGUGACUCCGUUGUCAAAUUCCAGAAAAAGGUGGAGGAGGCAAUACAGGCGUUAACAAAGAAAUAUAUCCUUUGAAUAGGUAUAGUAUAA